UAUGUAUUGUACAAAAUGACGAUGAUAUUAACCGAUUGAGAGAUGAGAUCGGAACAGAUCGGAACGAAUGCAACGAGGCCGAUGCUGUUUUCGUUAGCGCAUGCAGGCUUAGCUUGAUUUCUCGAUAAAAUUGUGGCACUAACGAGAUCGUCAUGCUAUGCGCUUCCGCCGAAGGAUAUAUAAAACGGCACGCGCUUCUAUACCCGCACGCAGAGUGAUGUUGUUUGUCCGAUUGCAAAAAUGCGACCACUUUCGGGUAUCUUACUGCUGCUCCUUACCUGUCAACUCGCUACGCCGACACCGAUUUUCGAUAGAGAUGGAACAGGUCGAUCAACUGGAUUUGGAGAAACAAUACGAGAUUGGUUUAAAAUGAUCAAGGACCGAAUUGUGGGAAAAUGGCGUGAAUGGUUUGGUAAAGAUAGUCCAACUCCGAACUUAUCACCACAGGAUAUUUUGAAUAUUGAUAAGACCUUAGAGAGUCGAAUAUCGAGUUACCCAGGCUUGUUCUUAGAUUUGUCUAGCCUAUCGUUCGACCCAAAACGAGAUUGGGGCGUCCGGAUUGGUAACUGGUACAUCAUCCGGAAAAUUACAGGCAAUGACUACGGAGACAGUGAUUCGGAUGAAUGGGACGUUAUGCCUCCUAUAUUUAGGACCGACUGGACACCUGAUUUCAGUAAACUUCCAACAGAAAUUCCGAAAACUACACAACCUCCAACGAUUACACCAAAGAUCGAAUUGACUACAUCGAGGCAACAUACAACCCAAACUGUUACUCAAACGCAAUCAGAUUUAACUUUUACUGAAUCAACUGCAACCACCGAGGCCAUCGUGACUUCUACCGAAUCGAUUCCACUUACUACCCAAAUAACUUCUAUAGAGCCGAAUAUAGAAGUUGAUUCAUCAAGUGAAGAAAUGAUAACUUCCAGUGAAUCUGUUGUAAUGAAUAGUGUACCGGUUGCAGCACCUAUUGAUUCUACAUCUAUCGAGUCAAUUACCGAAUCAAUUGUUUCGUCAGUUGAUACUACUAUGUUUUCUGUCACAUCGACAUCAUCCACUGAUCUAACUUCUAUCAAAUCGAUCGAAACAUCUAUCGAAUCUGCAGUUUCUAAUGAAGCAGACAAUACGUCUUCUAAGGAAUUAAUUACUACUACUACUACUAUCAAUGUUUCACCCGAAACAUCCACCGAACAAAUUUUACCUUUCCAUAACAAGCGAGUAGAAGAUAAUGAAACCGUUAAUAAACGUACCACAAAGAAACCUCGUCCAGCAUCUGCCGAAGUUAUAACGUUUUAAAGAUUGUAUAUCAUAAAAAAAUUCAGGUAUAUAUCUUCAAUGGUUUUUAAUAAAGUUUUAAGUAUGUAAGUUG